AAUAAGAGAAGAGAGCUCUACUACUAAUCCCACACGCUUUCAUAAAAUAAAAAAAAACCCCAUACACUACACAAAAUGACCAUUUCUCUCAUUUCACCACUCCACACACUAAAACAAAAAUAAAAACACUAUAUACAAACACACAAACACACACAUUCUUUUGCUUCAAACACAAAAAUGAUAAUCUCUUCUUCUUCUUCUUCUUCUUGAUCAUCAAAACCCCUUCUCUCUUUUUCCAAAAAAAAAAUGGUAUUGGGAAUGGGAAUGGGGAGAAAAGUGAGAUUUGCUAUGUUGUUGAUAGGAAGAGCAAUAAACGACAGUGUUAGCUUUGUCGUUUUUACAAUUCUAGACCUUGUUGAUCUAUUCCUCUGUUUGCUAUACAGAGUAGCUGAUUUUUUCAUCGAAGCAGAGUGGAAAUCUUGUUAUUGCUCUUCAUCUUCUUCAUCUUCUUCAUCAUCAAAUAGUGGUAAGAUCUUGGUAUCUGAACAUGGUGAGUCAAAGAUUGUUUCUUUAAGUUCAACUAAGCUCAGAUUAGAGGAAAUUUCAGAUACCCUUUAUAGAAGACCUUCUUUGUUGACUGAGGUAUCUAAGUUGACUAUUAAUGAGCUUAAAAGGUUGAAGCUUGAUGCUAAUAAUAAUAAUAAUAAUAAUAAUAAUGUUAUUAAUAAUAAUAAUAAUAAAGGUACAACCUUUAUGGUUAAUUCCACCAUUGUUGAAAUGCUUCAAGGAAAAAUUGGUGGAAAUAAUAAUCAUAAUCAUAAUCAUAAUCUUAAUUCUCAUGUUCGAAUUCCAAGAUGGUCUGAUUGUGAUUGUAAGUUUUGUACUUGUUGGACUUCUUCAACCAAAGAAACUCUCUAUGUCAAAUCAGAAGGGCCUAAAUCAGAUUUGGCUGAAGAAAAUGAAAAUGUGUUGUUUAUUCAUGGAUUCAUCUCAUCAUCGGCUUUUUGGACCGAAACGGUGUUUCCAAACUUGUCAAAUGAGGCAAAAACAAAGUAUCGUUUGUUUGCUAUUGAUUUACUUGGCUUCGGAAGAAGUCCGAAGCCAAGUGACUCUCUCUAUACAUUGAGAGAGCAUUUGGAUAUGAUCGAAAGGUCGGUUUUGGAACCUAAUAAAGUAAAAUCAUUCCACAUUGUUGCUCAUUCUUUAGGGUGUAUUUUGGCUUUGGCUCUAGCGGUCAAACACCCCGGUUCGGUCAAAUCCCUAACUUUACUUGCCCCACCAUAUUUUCCAGUACCGAAAGGCGAACAUGCGACUCAGUACGUGAUGAGAAGGGUUGCGCCGAGGCGAGUGUGGCCGCUCAUCGGGUUUGGUGCUUCACUUGCGUGUUGGUACGAACAUAUCAGCCGAACAAUUUGUUUAGUUAUAUGCAAAAACCAUCGGUUGGUGGAGUUUCUUGUGAAACUCAUUACUCGAAACAGGUUGAGAACAUUCUUGCUUGAAGGGUUUUUUUGCCACACACACAAUGCUGCAUGGCAUACACUUCACAAUAUAAUUUGCGGGACCGCGGCCAAAUUGGACGCUUAUCUGACCGUCGUUCGUGACCGGUUAAGCUGCGAUGUCCACGUGUUUCAUGGCGAGGACGACGAGCUCAUACCGGUCGAGUGUAGUCACAAUGUAAAGGCGAAAAUUCCAAGAGCUCAUAUCAAAGUAAUCAACAAAAAAGAUCACAUUACUAUUGUUGUUGGUCGCCAGAAAGCUUUUGCUUCUGAAUUGGAGCAAAUUUGGAGAAAUUCAAGUACAAAAACUUAAAUUAUUAAUUAUUAAUUAUUGAUUCAAAAUCAUAAUCAAUUUAUAAUUAAUAAUGCUCUCAAGUAAUUAUUAAGUAUAUCCAAGUUUUGUGUGAUGAAAUGAAAGCACAUCACAUAUUUUAAUAUUUAUAUUAUAUAUAUAUAUAAAUAUAAAUAUGUGGAUCAGUCAGUUCAUGUGUUUUUAUAUGUUUAAUUUUCUACCAAUUAAUCUGUGGGAAAAAAAAGUAAAUUAUUAAUUAUAUAUAUUAUUGAUCAUUAAUUAAUUUUCUUUUUCAUUAUAUGAUCAUAAGGAUCCAAGUUAUUUUA